AUGAUGUCUGAUGAGAAUUCCGGAGUUGGGGACCUUCUUGAAGAUGAAAGUUUUGCUGAAUCAUCCUCUAAAUUAGUUGAGUUUCCAUCUGAACCAACACUUCGGCAUUCAGCUACAACAGAUACACUAGACUCUGUCAUCCUGGAAACCUCUCCGGCUGAAGAUGAGACCCUUGAUGAUGUCAGUAAUUCACAGUCAGACAAAAUGGAUGUUAAAAAAGACACAAAUAUAUCAUUGACUGAGUUUAACCAAUCUGAUGUGACACAUAAUGAAACAGAUUCUUCAUUAUUAGGUACCUCUCCAUCAAUGGACAUUUCUAAAUCUGUGGAGAAAAGUGCAGAAAACAGUAACCAAAAUGUUGAGGAGAAUAAAGAUAAUCAAAGUCCUCUUCAUAUUAGUAGCUAUUUCAAAUCGGAGACAUCGCAAGUUGUUGAAAGUGAUCCAUUUGGACAGAGUUUCUUUGAUAAUAUCAGUAACACUCCUCAGGAAACUAACUCUACUUCCCCCGACAAUGUAUUUGGUGAUUUGGAAGACAUUGCAAGGGAAGAAAAAGUUUCCCCAAAUACAGUUUCAACUGCGACAGAUGUAUCAGUUGCUUCAAAUUCAUGCCCAAAUGCUGUCGAAAGUCGACUGUCACAUGAGGAGCCAGAGAGUGUGGAUUUCCAGGUUGUACCAGAGGAUACAGAAACUAACAUUAUGGAGGCAUCACUUCAGGUAAUUGAUGAUAAGGAAGAUUUUGAAUCAUUUACAGCCGAGGGAACUGGUGAUGGUGACCAGGACAUUUUGAGCGGCUUGAGUAUGUCACCAUCAAACAAACUAAUGUCUGAUCGUAUGUCACAACUUCACAUCACAGACACCAUUCCAAUAGACACUGUCCCUGAUAAGGGACCAGUUAGCUACGAUUGUCAACUGUCUAAUAAGUACCCAGACUUGGGGCUGUCUCCUGUCCACCAACCAUUCCAGGGCACACCUCUACCACCCAUGCAGUUGUCUGCCUUCCCCACACCAGGACAUCAGCCAAUUCCAUCAACAGACCCAACAAAUGACAAUCAUAUGGAGGUUCAGCUUGAUGAAAAACAAAGUGAAAGUGCAGGUUCACCACCCAAGUCUGGUAGUCUGGCAUCAGCAUUUCAGACAGAUGGCAGUGCUUCAGAUCCCUUCUCAACCACUCUGUACAUGAGUGAUGCAGACAGACAACACGAUGCUUGGCUUCCAUCAGACGCAACUCGACAUAUACUAGUAACUGUGACAACGUCACCGGGAGGUUUUGUACCGACAGAGGAUCAGAUCAGUACACCAAGUAUCGUAGUCAAUGAAUCACAGGGGGACCCAGUACGUGACCUGGUACAUCGCUACAUGGGAGAACAGGAAGCCAUCAAAAGACAGAUACUGACAGUCGACAGUGUCACUCAAGAUGUGGAUGGCUUGAAAAAACUCUUGGAAGGAGGAUGUUACAGGUCUGCUGUAGAACUGACAGGGCGACUUUUAACAGCUGCUGGACAAGGGUCAGAAAAUCAAGGGGAGACAACACCACCUACCCAACAUACAUCUCAUACACUACAGCUGUGGUUUUGUCGUCUGUCUCUGCUGAUGAAACUGAAGCUGUACAACAUUGUUGAGUCAGAACUACAGGGUUUCCAGAACCUUGAUACCCCAGACCUCUACUAUGAUUACUACCCACAGGUUUACCCUGGACGUAAAGGUUCCAUUGUAUCCUUUGGGAUGCGGUUGUUACAUGCAGAACUGCCACACUACCUAGGACGGUCCCAGGAGGCAUUGGAUCGACUUCACUAUAUACUCGCAGUCACACAAAAAAUUAUCAAGAAUCUGGAUGAAGGAUUAAGUGAAGAUGGCAGUGCUGUAGAAAUCCCAGAAGAAAGUAGAAAAGCAUCCAGAGACUUAUGGUGUUCCCGAGAGAAGAAAAUCCUGUUUAUCAUAGGAAACACAUUUUUGGCUAUAAAGGAUUAUGAAGCUUCAAUGACAGUGUACGAAGCCCUGCUUGUGAAGGAUCCACAGUCCAAGCCAUCACUCUUGAGUGGUCUGGGACUAAUUUAUCUCCAGAUGGGAAAUGUUUCCAAGGCAACAGACUGUUUCAAACAAGCGGAAGUGUUAACAGAUAUAACGGACAAGAAACAGACAUGUAGGACUUACCUAAACAAGGGACUAGAGUCUAUGUGUACGAACAGUUUCUCCGAUGCAUACCAGAAUUUCAAGACAGCAGUAGAACAUGACCCAACAAAUGCCUCAGCGGUCAACAACAUGGCUGUGUGUUCACUGUACCUAGGAAAGCUACGGGAUGCCCUGAAGACGCUGGAGGUAUUGGUACACGAGGAUCCUAUAAGGAACCUACACGAAGGAAUUCUUUUUAAUCUUUGUACUCUGUAUGAAUUGGAGUCAUCUCGUGCCCUUCACAAGAAACAGGCUCUUCUGGACCUGGUCAGUCGUUACAAGGGGGAUGGCUUCCCUGUCGCUUGUCUUAAAAUGGCUUAAUUUUCAAGUAGGACUGUGAUUCUUCUCUGUUGGUGAUAUUUAUAAAUCAUUCCACUAUCUGGACCUUGUGCUGAACUUACAUAAAGUGCAAUAUUUGUGUCAAAAGUAUUUGUGUUGUAAGAGAAUUGUUUUGUGCCUGUAUUAAAUGUAUUCAGAAAUCCAAA